CAGAAGGCACCGCGUCCCUGCCGUUCUCCUCAACUGGCGGCGGCGGGAACGAAUAGUCGCCGGCGACCUGUGAGGGCACUCGGAAGGGCGAGGGGAGGGCUCGGCCGCUCACGCCUAGUUUUUCUAUCUCUCCCGGAGCCUGAGUCUCUGAGCCGUCCCCAGCAAACGCUCAGGGGCUGCAGAGGCCCCGAGAGGUGAGGGGCUCCGUGAGGGCGGGAACCAGGCUGAGGCCGCCUCUGGGGAGCGGAGCGUGUCCGUUGCUGAGGGAGCAAGGCCGGGUAGGGAGCCUGGUGAGCGCCUCAGGCAGGAGCGCACGCUGAGCUUUACGGUAAAGGUGUUCCUUGACCAGCGGAAGAGACCCCAGAGUGAGCCUGGCCCGGCGGGCCUUAGUGGGAUGUCGCCUGCCGCUCUCAGCAGAGCUUUGACGGCGGAGAGGAGUCGGCAGGCGGUGUGUGGACACCACCUCGGCCUUGCGUCUGCUCCCCGGGAGAGUCACCAACCGCCUCCCCGCCCAAAGGGCACCGGAGGGAGCUUCGGUUCGAGGGGUACAGUAUGGCCAGAUUCAGUGACCAACCUGCUUCUAGGCAGAUGUCCUCGGUAUUGACCCCAGAUUUCCUGUCUUCUAGCCCAUUGCUCUUUCUCCAAGCCUGAUUUAACUUCUUCCUGCUUGGCUCUCUGGCAGAUUUCCUCUAGUAAGAGGUGGCUCUGGAGGCCCCGCGAAACCAGUGUGGUGUGUGAUUGCAAGGCAUGAUGGCUGCAAAAGUGGUUCAUAUGCCCCCAAAGCCAAAGCAGUCCUUUAUACUGAGAGUUCCGCCAGACUCCAAGCUGGGCCAAGACCUACUUCGAGAUGCCACUAAUGGGCCCAAGACCAUCCACCAGCUAGUGCUGGAGCACUUCCUCACCUUCUUGCCCAAGCCAAGCCUGGUCCAGCCCACUCAGAAAGUCAAGGAGACCUUGGUUAUUAUGAAAGAUGUGAGCUCAAGCCUUCAGAACAGAGUGCAUCCUCGUCCCUUGGUGAAGCUUCUGCCCAAAGGAGUCCAAAGGGAACAAGACACAGUGUCUCUGUAUUUGAAAGCUAACCCUGAGGAGUUGGUGGUCUUUGAGGAUUUGAAUGUAUUUCACUGCCAGGAAGAAUGUGUGAGCUUGGAUCCUACUCAACAACUCACCUCAGAGAAGGAAGAUGACAGCAGUGUCGGGGAGAUGAUGUUACUGGUCAAUGGCAGUAAUCCUGAAGGUGAAGAUCCUGAGAGGGAACCUGUAGAAAAUGAAGAUUAUAGAGAAAAGUCUUCAGAUGAUGAUGAAAUGGAUUCUUCCUUGGUCUCUCAGCAGCCUCCAGAUAAUCAGGAAAAGGAAAGACUAAAUACCUCCAUUCCACAAAAAAGGAAAAUGAGAAAUCUGUUAGUUACCAUUGAGAAUGAUACUCCUCCAGAGGAUCUCUCAAAAUAUGUAGACAUCAGUAUUAUUGCACUUACUCGAAAUCGGAGGACAAGGAGAUGGUACACUUGUCCACUGUGUGGUAAACAGUUUAAUGAAAGUUCUUACCUCAUUUCCCACCAGAGGACCCACACUGGAGAAAAACCCUAUGACUGUAGUCACUGUGGGAAAAGCUUCAAUCAUAAAACAAACCUCAAUAAACAUGAGCGAAUUCAUACAGGAGAGAAACCUUAUUCCUGUUCUCAGUGUGGAAAAAACUUCCGUCAGAAUUCUCAUCGGAGUCGUCAUGAAGGAAUCCAUAUAAGGGAGAAGAUAUUUAAGUGUCCAGAAUGUGGGAAAACCUUCCCAAAGAAUGAGGAGUUUGUGCUUCAUCUGCAGAGUCAUGAGGCUGAGAGACCAUAUGGUUGCAAAAAAUGUGGGAGAAGAUUUGGUCGGCUGUCAAACUGUACCCGGCAUGAGAAAACCCACUCAGCCUGUAAGACCCGAAAGCAGAAGUAAUACUGGGAAAGGGGUCUGAUGGUGCUGCCUCAACCUGAGAGCUUUCAUAAGUAGUUCUGAAUUCCCAAGCUGUCUAAAAAGAUAUAAAUAUGUAAAAACCUCAUUAUUGCCAAAAUUGGAUAAAUGCCCAUCUUAGCUAAAACCUCAAAUUGCUAGAAAAUUCACAGGGAAGAAAACAUUUCAAGGGCUAUACCUCAGCAUCUAGGCUUUUUGGACUAAGGAGCUUUCCUUUUUGAAGUUACAUGAUAAUGUACAGGUCACAGAUCCCCUUUCCCAACACUUUGAAGAUGAAUCUGGAGUCUGCUUACUUGCAAGGCAAAGAGUGACUCGUGUCUAUUGAAAGUAUAUCCAUUUUCCCCGCACAUGGUGAUUCAUACUUGAGAAAUAGUGUAAAGAUGCUUAUCUGGAACUGUGUUCUGGUGAAAGAACCAAACUUCUGGCUCGUUGAGCCAACAGCUUCUGAUAGCAAUUCAUAUAACCCUCUAAGAACACCUGUUUAUUAAGUCUUGAGUGUUGAAAGGAAUUGUUUACUUUGGAAUAUAGGAAAACAAUUGAAUGUCAGACUUUCAUUUGUAUGUGGUCUAAAUUUGCAAUCAAUUUCAAUAAUAUUUGCAAUUUGUGAUAAAAUUGACUUUUACAGAUUCCUUUUCACAACACGAUUUAAGUGUCUUACUGUUCUUACUGUAUUUUGUUCAGCUGUUGAUCUCUCUAGCAGCCGUCUCAUGCCUCUCCCUUGCUAAAAGAAGUUUGGAUUACUCAGGCAGGGCCAUCCAGCCCCACCACUAGAAAAGCUCUUCAGAAUCUUAUCCCUCUCUUGAGCCCAGAUCUCAUGUGCUAGGAAGGAAACCCCAAGACCCAGAGAGGAGGGGUCAACCUGGAGGCAGGAAAAAGUUGGCUUGGAUCCAUGUCUCAUCAAUAACCUUACCAUAUGCUUAGGUCCCCUCUAUGCUGUCAUCAGACCUUUGGCAAUAGGGUGGUCACUACCUCACAAGGCAAAGUGUCGUAUAAUUAGAAAUUACGUCUCUAGUGGUUAGCUCACAUUGCCCCUCAAGAGACAGGUUUCCAGGUGUCUUCAUUGUAGUGGGUAUUCAUUGUCUUCAGCCUCUUGAUAUCCAUACCUUCCUGUCCUCUGCCUAGAAGCAAGGCCAGCGGUGCCUUUACGGGACUGAUCCUGUGGUGCGUUUUAGGGAUUCUUGAUCAGUUUUGCUUGCUUUAGGUUUCUGAAAGUUAUACAUUGAUGUUUUGAUUGGAAUAAAGAAAUCCUGUAAGCUAUUUGGGAAAAAUUAUAGUUUAUGUUUCCCAUCCAGAAACAUGCCUUUCUGUUUAUUAGAAUAUUAUAUUUCUGUGAAAAUUUUUCUAAUUUUCUUCACUUGUUUUACACAAUUUUGUUAUUGUAGUUUUUUCCAUUAUAUUUUUAUAGUUGAUUAUUGCUUUUACAUGGGAAAGUUAUUUUUAAUUAUAUAUUUGUAUAACUAGUCACCUCACUGAAUGUUGUUAAUUUUCAAUAGUUUCUUGGUUUAGUUCUGUUACAACUUUUGGUAAAAUGACACCAUCUACAAA